GGGUAGAGACUCUUAUGGCAUUUCACCUUGGAGCUGUUUUCCCAAAUAAUUUUCUUACAUUGUUCGAUUGAACGAAGUUUGGGUUCAUUUGCGACUUGGCCGUGUUGCUCGUCGGGCUGCUCUCAAAACUCUACACACCAUGGACGCCUCUUUCAAGGACAAGUCGGUUCAACGGAAAUUGAGCUACAUCAUGGAUAGUCCCAAAGCCUCCAACAAGGAAAUCUUGCUGUUUAGUAUGCCAGAGGAAGUCGGUGCACUGGCAAAAGCUUUGAAAAUAUUCGAGGACAACAAGGUGAAUCUGCUUCACAUCGAAUCCCGCUCAUCCAAGCGUUCAAUUGGAGAUUAUGAAUUCAUCGUCGAAAUCGAUACUAUUUUGGGGGACGUGGCCGGCGCCAUGGAACAACUGAGGAAGCAAUCCUCUUACUUCCAGAUCAUAUCACGCGAUCACAAGGAUGGAAACGAGGAGACUAUCCCAUGGUUCCCCGGACGUAUUCAAGACUUGGAUCGAUUUGCCAAUCAAAUUUUAUCCUACGGAUCUGAAUUGGACUCCGAUCAUCCAGGUUUUACUGAUCCCGUAUAUCGAGCUCGUCGCAAGGAAUUUGCUGACAUUGCAUUCAAUUACAAAUACGGCGAGAAAAUUCCGCGAGUGGAGUACACUCCCGAAGAGACUGCUACAUGGGGAACCAUCUAUCGGCAAUUGACGAAACUGUACCCAACUCACGCGUGUCGUGAAUUCAACCACAAUUUCCCGCUACUGAUUGAAAACUGCGGCUACAAGGAAGACAAUAUCCCUCAACUGCAAGACAUUUCCGAUUUUCUUCAUGAUUGCACUGGUUUCACGUUGCGUCCGGUGGCUGGAUUACUGUCAUCGCGUGAUUUUCUUGCUGGAUUGGCAUUUCGUGUGUUCCACUCGACCCAGUACAUCCGUCACGGAAGCGUACCAUUGUACACGCCUGAACCAGACGUCUGUCACGAACUCUUGGGCCACGUUCCAUUAUUUGCCGAUCCCGAAUUCGCCCAAUUUUCUCAGGAGAUUGGAUUGGCUUCUCUAGGCGCGCCCGAUGAGUACAUUGAACGCUUGGCCACGUGUUAUUGGUUCACCGUCGAGUAUGGCAUGUGUCGCCAAGGAGGAGAACUGAAAGCUUACGGUGCUGGACUGCUGUCAUCUUUCGGCGAGCUCGAAUAUUGCCUGACGGACAAGCCCGAAAUUCGCCCGUUCGAUCCGGCUAAGACAGCCUUACAAAAGUAUCCCAUCACAUCCUACCAACCCGUCUAUUUCGUCUCUGAAAGCUUUGAAGAUGCCAAAGAAAAGAUGAUCGCGUAUGCCAAAACAAUCCCGCGGCCUUUCAGCGUUCGUUACAACCCGUACACGCUCAACGUCGAGAUUUUAAAUUCGAAACCGCAAUUGGAAAAUUUAUUGAAAAACAUCAACUGGGAGAUAACACGGAUCACCGACGCUCUAUGCAAAAUGCGCUGAAGCCUUAUCCACUUUAAUUUAGUUCAACAAUAGCUAAUACGUGAUAGUAUUAUAUGCCCCAUAUCAUUUUUUUUUGGGGGGGGGGGGAGGGUUGUGGCAUUUUAAUGUAACCCGCUACUCUUUAGAUUUACACGCAACAAAACUUCGUUAUCUUCGCUAUCGUCAAUCGUCUUCAAAUAUAUAGAAAACUUUGCUACAACCA